CGUCAUCAAAGGCACGCGCAGGAAACAUGGCGGCGGCGGGGGUUGUGAGCGGGAAGAUUAUAUACGAACAGGAAGGGGUGUAUAUUCAUUCAUCUUUUGGAAAGACCAGUGACCAAGACAGCUUGAUUUCAGGAAUAUUACGUGUUUUAGAAAAGGAUGCUGAAGUAAUAGUGGACUGGAGACCAUUGGAUGAUGCAUUAGAUUCUUCUAGUAUUCUGUAUGCUGGAAAGGACUCCAGUUCAGUCGUGGAAUGGACCCAGGCCCCAAAAGAAAGAGCUCAUCGAGGAUUGGAACAUCUGAACAGUUAUGAAGCAGAGUGGGACAUGGUUAAUACAAUUUCAUUUAAAAAGAAACCACAUACCAAUGGAGAUGCUCCAAGUCAUAGAAAUGGGAAAAGCAAAUGGUCAUUCCUGUUCAGUUUGACAGACCUGAAAUCAAUCAAGCAAAACAAAGAGGGUAUGGGCUGGUCGUAUUUGGUAUUCUGUCUAAAGGAUGACGUCGUUCUCCCUGCUCUGCACUUUCAUCAAGGAGAUAGCAAACUACUGAUUGACUCUCUUGAAAAAUAUGUGGUGUUGUGUGAAUCUCCGCAAGACAAAAGAACACUUCUAGUGAAUUGUCAGAAUAAGAGUCUUUCACAGUCUUUUGAAAAUCUUCUUGAUGAACCAGCAUAUGGUAUAAUACAAAAGAUUAAAAAGGACCCUUACACAGCCACUAUGGUAGGAUUUUCCAAAGUCACAAACUACAUUUUUGAUAGUUUAAGAGGCAGCGAUCCUUCUGCACAUCAGCGGCCGCCUUCAGAGAUGGCAGAUUUUCUUAGUGAUGCUAUUCCAGGGUUAAAGAUAAAUCAGCAAGAAGAACCAGGAUUUGAAGUCAUCACAAGAAUCGAUUUGGGUGAACGACCUGUUGUUCAGAGGAGAGAGCCAGUAUCAUUGGAAGAAUGGACUAAGAACAUUGAUUCUGAAGGAAGAAUUUUAAAUGUAGAUAAUAUGAAGCAGAUGAUAUUUAGAGGGGGACUUAGUCAUGUAUUGAGAAAACAAGCAUGGAAAUUUCUUCUGGGUUAUUUUCCUUGGGACAGUACCAAAGAAGAAAGAACUCAAUUACAAAAACAAAAAAUUGAUGAAUACUUCAGGAUGAAACUACAGUGGAAAUCUGUCAGCGAGGAGCAGGAGAAGAGAAAUUCGAGGUUAAGAGAUUAUAGAAGUCUUAUUGAAAAGGAUGUUAACAGAACAGAUCGAACAAACAAGUUUUAUGAAGGCCAAGAUAAUCCAGGGUUGAUUUUGCUUCAUGACAUUUUGAUGACCUACUGUAUGUAUGAUUUUGAUUUGGGAUAUGUGCAAGGAAUGAGUGACUUACUUUCCCCUCUUUUAUAUGUGAUGGAAAAUGAAGUAGAUGCCUUUUGGUGCUUUGCCUCCUACAUGGACCAAAUGCAUCAAAAUUUUGAAGAGCAAAUGCAAGGCAUGAAGACCCAGCUAAUUCAGCUAAGUACCUUACUUCGAUUGUUGGACAGUGGAUUUUGCAGUUACUUAGAAUCCCAGGACUCUGGAUACCUUUAUUUUUGCUUCAGAUGGCUUUUAAUCAGAUUUAAAAGGGAAUUUAGUUUUCUAGAUAUUCUUCGAUUAUGGGAGGUAAUGUGGACUGAACUACCAUGUAAAAAUUUCCAUCUUCUUCUCUGUUGUGCUAUUCUGGAAUCAGAAAAGCAGCAAAUAAUGGAAAAGCAUUAUGGCUUUAAUGAAAUACUUAAGCAUAUCAAUGAAUUGUCCAUGAAGAUUGAUGUGGAAGAUGUACUAUGCAAGGCAGAAGCAAUUUCUCUACAGAUGGUAAAAUGCAAGGAGUUGCCACAAGCGGUUUGUGAGAUCCUAGGGCUUCAGGACAGUGAAGUUACAACACCAGAUUCAGACAAUGGUGAAGAUGAAAAUGUUGGCAUGACUAGUUGUCCAACAUCUGCAUUUCAGAGUAACUCCUUGCCUGUACUUGCUGCCAGUGGAGCCAGAGAUGACAACCCAACAGAGAUAUCCAUGUCCCCAAAUGUCAGCAGAGUAACACCUGCAUGAUCAUUCUUCUUGCUUUUUGAAGAGACACUUGGUUGCAACUUCUUUUCAAGUACUGGAUAGGUGGAAAUUUAAAAUCUGGUUAUUGAUCAUGCUUUAAGGUUUAUGGAAAGAAAAGUGUACUGAUGUUCUUGCAUUAAAGCUUUACGAAGAUUUAAACUAAUUAUUUUUGUAGUUACUUCUACCAAAUAGCCUUUCCUUUUCAAUAACAUUCCUUAGUAUUUUUAUAGCUAAGUACAUUUUAUUUUCUCGCUGAUGAACUGGAAUUGGAUAAAUAUUACAAGUGGAUGAGUUGGAAAUUAUGCACUUUGAAAACAUUCACUUUGUUUACUCCAAGUUCAGUGGGUUUGGAUUUGAUUAAAUGUUGAGCCUUUCUAUAGCAUUCGAAGUUGAGGAGUAGAUUGUUACCCAGUGAUGAAAUAAAAGAAUUUGUUUUUCUCUUCUGUUUACAACAAUACAGCUUAAAUAUUUAUGCUGGUUGAAUGUGAUAUAAAUUGGACAUUUUCAUCAAUGCAAUUUAAUGUGUAGAUAAAGAGCUAUUUCAACCAUAAGAAGUGGAUUGGCAGUAUAUUUUUUACAUUGAAUUUUUCUUCACUUGUAUAUAAAGACUGUAUAAGUACUUAUUUAUGAGUAUAAGAAAGGAUAGGCAUAUUUUCUUUAACUGAAUAAACUUGACUGUUGAUUUAUAUAACCUGAUUUCACAAAGUUAAUACAUAGCUUCAAUAGGAGAUCUUUUUCAAAACUAUUUUCUUAACCAAACAUUUAUUUCACAAGACUACAUCCAACCCUGUAUCUGGUAUAAUUUUCAAGUUAAUUGCUUGUAGUCUCACUUUACUAAUAAUGUUUGCUAUCUUUCCUAAUAAUGUAUUAACUGAUUAAUCAGGUCUUUAAAUUUUUAUGAAAUACUCUUUGCAAAAAGCUUAUGUCAGAAAUUUCAAUAUACUAUCACGAGUCUCAAAAUAAUAGUUUUGUAUAUGAAUGAAGCUGUUGUUUUUACCAUGCAGUGUUGCAUGAUAUUAAGUUAUGUGUAAUUAACAUAACUGAUUCCAUUUUAAUUGUAAUUUGUUAAGUUCUGUACAUAUCAUUAAAAUAAAUUUGAAGUUGAAGU